UAUUCGCGCAGCCUCGUUGCUGACUUGAAACUUUUAUUUAGUAUUCAUCAGUCUUCAGUAUCCUACCAUUAUCCUAUGCCUAUGCAGUAUUUAUACUACUUUACAUCAGUAAGUAGUAUGUUAGAUCUUUUGUGGCUUGCUGUAUUUAUUAAAUUCAACAAUUCAGUGGUUAUUUCCUGCAAGAUGUUUUAAAAUCCGCUACCGCAACCUGAGUAUCUCUUUGCUAUCCAGUUGAGUUGAGCUCAUCGUUGCACCUGUUUAUGGAAUUCCGUGACUAAUAUUAAUCAAACGCGGCAAUGCAACUUGGAUUACUAUUUACGUUAAUCGUAAUCGAGAUGUAAUAAAUAUCAAUUGUAAUAUGGAGUUAUUUUAUGAAGCAACAAAUUGGAAAUAUAAUUUGGCUGACAUUAGUAGCAGAGAUAUAAUAAGAUUGUGACGUUGAUGAUGUCAAAGCUGCUGCAUUUAUGUCGUCUGGAGCUUAACGAUCGAUCGUCGAAGGAAAUUCAACUCUCUGGGAGACAUUCGUACUUGUCACGGGUGGAGCCUUGGCCUGUUACUUCAUUAUUACCUUCGACAUUAUUACAAUCCUCGAAAAAAAUCUAUUUUUGCUGCCAACUAUUUUAUAUACCAUAAUUAUUUCAUGUUACGGUAAUACAGAUAUAUUUUGAUAUCUUGGAGUAAUCAAUUAGUAUCAGUACCUCUUUAUAAGACCACGACACGUGAAUUAUUUAUUUUUGUGCUGGAAUUUUCUUAGCUGAAGAUAAUAUAGUUUAAAUAAUCAACCGGACAUUGUAUAAGUUUAAAUAGACAAGCCUUUAGAUAAGAAAAAAAAAAUAAGGAUACAAAUACCAAUGUGCCUCAAACGAUGAUAACAACGAGUGAGUGUACAAUAAAAAAUUUUGAGUGACUAAAAAAGAAGAUAAAUAUUAACCCUGGGUCAUCGUUCGUAAUUACCGUUGAAUAAUAAUAUCAAAUAAGAUAACGUCGAUUUAAAGAGUAGUUCUUUAACAAAAAUGAAUAUACCGUACGAAAUGAGCAAAGAAAGUUUAAUGGUUAUUAAAGAUAAUAAUAACUUAAACUCAAAAGUUUGGAUUACCAGUGAUGGUAAAACCUGUUCAACAUGUGCGCCGUGUACAUCAACGAUUCGACCGUGUACCAGUCGAACCGCAUCAUCACUUCCUGCAUCGCUGAGAGACUUGCCCAUUAAUCGGGAUGCAAGACGUUCUCGCUCCGAACCAGGGAGCCUGUCUUACUCUAAGACAGUUACUAAUCCAAUGGGCAUUUCAACAGGGAUAGUAACGACCGUGUCCUCAUCAACGACACAAGGAAGAUCAUCAACAGCACCAGCCGCUGCGACAGUACGAAUUUCAAGUCUUGACGGACUUGAUUCCUUGGGCGUUCGCUCAGAUACGACAAGUCGAUCAACUAACAAUGGACCGAGGACCAAUGACAAUGCUACUGGCUCUUCUUCAGCAUUUGCAUCUCCAGCAAAUCAACUAGUACCGGUGAAUAAUAAAUCGUGGGACAAUAAUUCUGCUGAGAAUGAGUCUGAUUACGUUGUGGACCCAGUACAGGGCAAUGCAUAUCACAAGGGACAAUUUCUUGGAAAGGGCGGUUUCGCACGAGUUUACUUGAUGACUGAUAUAGCCAAUGGGAAAAAAUAUGCCUGUAAAAUAAUUCCGAAGAACCGUAUGCAGAAAAUUCAUAUCCAAAAAAUUGCACGUGAAAUAAUGAUACACAAAGACUUGAAUCACAUAAAUGUUGUACAAAUGCAUCAUUACUUCGAGGAUAGUUUAAAUGUCUACAUGCUUUUAGAAGCGUGUCCAAGAAAGAGUUUAAUGCACGUGCUUAAAUACCGAGGUAAAGUUACUGAACCAGAAGCACGUUAUUAUAUGAAACAAAUGGUUACUGGUGUAGCCUACAUCCACUCUCAGAAAGUUGUUCAUCGUGAUCUCAAACCAGGAAAUAUGUUUUUAUCCGAUGGGAUGAUUGUUAAGAUCGGAGACUUUGGUAUGGCAACGCGACCUGAUGGUCAAAGAAGGCGUGUAACGGUAUGCGGAACACCGAAUUAUAUUGCUCCGGAAGUUCUGUACAAGCAAGCUCACAGUUACGAAGCAGAUGUGUGGGCUCUAGGAUGUAUUUUGUACGCAUUAUUGGCGGGUCAACCGCCAUUCGAUACCGCCACCCUAAAGGAAACCUACUCGAGAAUAUGUAACAAUAGCUACAAGAAACUUGAUGACUCCAUCGUGAGCUCAAGCGGCCAGGAUUUAAUUCGCUGGCUUCUUCAACCACUACCGGAACUUCGACCGUCAUUGGAACGAGUCAAAGAGCAUCCGUAUCUCACAAUGGAAUAUGUACCCGCAAAAUUAGCUCAUUCAUGCUGCUACAGAAUGCCGACAAUUCACAGCUCGUUAAUCGAUACCAAUGGAAAGUCAUCAUUACUCGCACCCUGUUCAACUUUACCCUCCGGGUCUUCACUGUCUUCCGCCUCAUCUAGAUCAUCAACCUUUCAACGCAAUCCCAUGGGCGCCGUACCACUACCAGUCCUCGCAAAUGUUCCACACAUUGAAAAUAAAUCCAAGAGUAUUGCUGCUAUCGCCACUGUCAAGCCAAUUGCCCUUCAGACCCACAAAGAAACCCAAAAAAAAUCAAAAGUCAGCCACUGGCUCGUUCGGAAAUUCCCAAAACUUACCAAGUUACGUCAUAGAAUCGGUAGCUUUCUGUAUCCAGACCGUAAAAAGUCUUCAGAGAGUGCAAUGAUGCAUCGCGCAUUGGAACAUUGUCUUGCUGAGAUACGGUACAAUAGAACAACGUGCAAUCCACUACCGGUUGAUGGAGCUAUUCCCCUAUUUAUUACAAAGUGGAUUGAUUACUCUAAUAAAUAUGGAUUAUGCUUUCAAUUGUCUGACCGCUCAGUAGGUGUUUUAUUCAAUGAUAGUACCAAGAUGAGUUACACUCGUGACAGAAGACGAGUUGAAUACACGACACCGGAUGAUGAAGUAACACGUUACGCUCGUGAACGCGAUAUACCUACAUUCAUGCACGAGAAGCUUGAACUUCUUCGGCAUUUCACUGAAUACAUGGACGAUCACCUUACUAAUGGUGGUGAAAUAGGAGACAGUACCACGAAAGUAUCGCGAAGAAACUCUAGCAACGUUCCAAGGAUGCGUCGUUGGCUACGUACAGAUAAGGCUAUCGUUAUGGAGCUAACGGUUCCGCUGCUGCAAGUUAAUUUUUUAGUUGAUCAUACCAAGAUCGUCGUAUCAGAAGGUGCACGAGCUAGAGACUAUCUUGUAACGUAUAUUGACGCUGACAGACACGCGGUCUCUUAUUGGUUACGUGAUUUACGUGAUUGUGGUUGUACGAGUGAGCUUUAUGAACGUUUAAAUUAUGUUUGCAAAGCGUCACGUGAAUUUGUUCAUUUAGAACAUAAUGCUGCGUAUUCUGAGAUUUCAAGUAAUCGCGGUAUUAAUUCACGCGCUUGAGUUAUAAUACUCGGCAAUAAUUAAAUGUCUUCCGGGGCAAUAAUUCAUUAUUCAAGUAAUUAAGACAAAAAUAAAUAAGGAAAAUACAAAAAAAAAAAAAAA